UGGAGCAGCAGGUGUGACUGUGGAGGCAGCAGAUGUGUGAUUCAUGUGACUGUCACGGUCUCGCUGCUCGGCACAGCUGGACGCCAGCGGUCAUGACAUCCUGGCUGCUUACUUAAAGUGAAGUCGUGUCAUGAUUAAAGACUUCAGGCUGAGUAAUCACACUUCACACAGAGUCCUGCGGUGGAUAAAAAGGUUUUGUUGGUCGUGUCCAUGUCGCCACGGCUAACGAUGACCUUAUCCAGUCCAGUGAUACUUCUCCAUGUAACCUCCACCUCCUCAUCGCCACACUUUCACACUGCUCCACCAAUCACAUCCAUUUGUUGGCUUGACGAUGAGGAGGAUUUGAAGAUGAAGAGGUCUAUUUAUCAGCUCAACACAUCCUACUCAAACAGUGUUAACACUCAGCGUUUCCACCGUCACUUCAUCAUUUUUUUGUUGUACUUUGGCGGCAUUUCUACAACAUCGUCAGGGCGGAGAAGAGGCUCAGGGAACAGGAGAGUUCUGUUUGAGGGGGAGAUGCUUUCCUGUCAGUUUCAGGUGUUUUGGGGGGUUUUGUUUUCCUCUGUGUUGUCAUUGGAGGUCAGAGCAGCUCCACAACCAGACAUGUUGAUGGAAACACUGAGAGAAGACUUCACAAACGACAAGGUCCUCACUCCUUUCCUCUUGCUGAGGUUCAUGUCUGAACUGAUGGCAACCAGAGAUGAUGAGAUGAUCCCCGAGGAGGAGGAGGUGUUGGGAGUCAGACAGGAGGUGAUGCGGCGACAUCUCCCCCUCGCCUCUUACAGAGAGCGCAAGGCAGGCUGCCGUAACUUCUUCUGGAAGACAUUCACCUCGUGUUGAGGAGCUGUUCAAGAUGGUGUGUUUUUGUUUUUGCCUGUUUUUGUUUAAGGAAAAGGCAUCAAUGUUUCCUAACUCUGUUGUAACAGGAUAAUUUACUGCAAGAUGCUAAAUAUUCACAUGUUUAGUUAACCCUAAACAGUAUUAAGGUUGGAUGUAUUGUGAUCAGCAGGGAUGUCUUCAAUGUGUCGAUUAAAAUGUUCUGAUUUUGAAGGA